AGAACAAGAAUCCGUAUUCUCUACAGUUGUGCUGUUACAAUUUCCCUCAAACAACAUUUUCCUUGAGGCCAGAUAAGAUAAUAAGAAACUAAAAUGGUAACCAUUCUGGGAUUUAGUCACAUGAGCUGGCUCAUUGUGUUCUGUGCUACAUUACAUGUCGCUUUUCCAAAGGAGAAAGGUAUGAAUGGAACAUCUGUUGAAAACUUUGACUGUGUUGUUCGCUCAUACACAUUUAAGAAUCCUACUAUGAAUUGUACUUGGAAUGCUGGCAAAAAUGUUCCUCCAGACACCCAGUAUUUUAUGUACUUAGCAUAUCACAACAGGGCUAGAGAUAAUGAGUGUCCACAUUACAUAAGUAACACGCUUGGAAGACACAUUGGUUGCUACUUCCCUGAUGUGAUAGCAAGUCCAUAUCGCGUGAAUAUUACAGUAAAUGGAUCAAGCAUAGAAUCUCCGAUUCAGUCGUAUGUUGAUGAUUUCCGAAUUUAUGACAAAGAACAGUUUCGACCUCCCCAAAAUAUUACUGUGGAUUAUAGAUCACCAUUAUAUUAUAAAGUCCAGUGGGAACCUCCUCCAAACUCUCGUAAAGUUGGAAGUGAAUGCUUUGAGUUCCAAAUAAAGGAUGAACGCAGGAAUACAGCCAUGACUGUACAAGAAAAAACAUACAAUUUCCCAAAGCCUGCAAAAUAUAUCUUGAGAAUUCGCGCAGUUGGACACAUUACGUGUCCAAUUUCAAAAAAAAUGAAUGGAGAAUGGAGUGAACCUAUUGAGUUUGGUACUGAUCCUGAUAGAUUCCCUACACUGCCUUUAGUCCUUGUUGCACUUGGAACCAUAGUAAUAAUUGUGCUUUUGAUCUUGAUUUGUAACAGGAACCACAUAUGGGAAAAACUUACUGAUCCAGUUCCCGGACCAAAAGUUAUGUGGCAACAUGAGAAGAAUGAGGAGAAGUGGGUGGCCCCAGUACCAAUAGCAGGUGAAUCAGUAACAGUGGUUGAAGAAAUGACUGCCGACUCCCCAAAAGUAUGAGGCAUUGUCCACUACAAUGCCCUACCCUAAUAAAAUAGUAGAAGAAAACC